CUCAGAAAGCCUGGCCCACUCGCAUUUCAACAUCUCCACCGGAACCCCACUUCUUGGUGAACUUCCCUGACCCUCCUGGCACUCCGCUCCUACCACAGGAGGCAGAGCCCCCCCCAGCCUCGCUUCCCCACCUGCUGUGGCAGCACCCUGCUCUAGUCCUGCCAAAAUGAAAGGCCCACUCCAACCCCUCAUCAUUUCUCUCAUCCUAACGUCUGUGUGUGGGAACAACGGCCUGGCGGGCCACCCGGAGAAAGGAAGGGAAGAUUCUAAGCCUGCAUCUGACCAAAAGGGGCAGGUAAAGAGCAAAAACCUAAGCAUGCCGCUUCUCCCCGCUGACUUCCACAAGGAACACACGGUCACCAACGACUGGCUCACCGAGGGGGAGGAGGAGGAGGAUUAUCUGGACCUGGAGAAGAUACUCAGCGAGGACGACGACUACAGCGACAUCAUCGAUGCUGUUUCGCCCACAGAUUCACACGCCAGCAUGGACAACAUCCUCCAUCUCUUCCAGGGCAAGACCCGGAUCCAGCGUUUGAACAUCCUCAAUGCCAAGUUCGCGUUCACCCUUUACCGGGCCCUGAAGGAACAGGCCCGUCCUUUGGACAACAUCUUCAUAGCCCCGGUGGGCAUUUCUACUGCCAUGGCAAUGAUCUCCUUGGGCCUGCAGGGGGAGACCCACGAGCAAGUGCACUCGGUUUUGCAUUUUAAAGACUUUGUCAACGCCAGCAGCAAGUAUGAGGUCAUGACCAUCCACAACCUCUUCCGUAAACUUACUCAUCGCCUCUUCAGGAGGAAUUUUGGGUAUACGCUAAGGUCAGUCAAUGACCUUUACGUCCAGAAGCAAUUCCCAAUCCUGGAUGACUUCAAAACUAAAGUAAGAGAGUACUACUUUGCUGAGGCCCAGGAGGCUGACUUCUCAGACUCUGCCUUCAUAUCAAAAGCCAACCACCACAUUCUGAAGCUCACCAAGGGCCUCAUAAAAGAUGCUCUGGAGAAUAUAGACCCAGCAACACAGAUGAUGAUUCUAAACUGCAUUUACUUCAAAGGAUCCUGGGUGAAUAAAUUCCCAGUGGAAAUGACACACAACCACAACUUCCGCCUGAACGAGCGAGAGGUGGUCAAGGUUUCCAUGAUGCAGACCAAGGGUAACUUCCUGGCGGCAAACGACCAGGAGCUGGACUGCGAUGUCCUGCAGCUGGAGUACGUGGGGGGCAUAAGCAUGCUGACUGUGGUCCCCCACAAGCUGUCUGGGAUGAAGACCCUAGAGGCACAGCUGACGCCCCAGGUGGUGGAGAGGUGGCAAAAAAGCAUGACGAACAGGACUCGAGAGGUGCUUCUGCCUAGAUUCAAGCUGGAGAAGAACUAUAACCUGGUGGAGGCCCUGAAGUCGAUGGGGGUCACAGCACUGUUCAACAACAGCAGCAACAUGGUGGGAAUCUCAGACCACAGGAUCACCAUUGACCUGUUCAAACACCAAGGUACCAUCACAGUCAACGAGGAGGGCACGCAGGCGGCUGCAGUGACCACGGUGGGCUUCAUGCCGCUGUCCACCCAGGUCCGUUUCACCGUGGACCGCCCCUUCCUGUUCCUCAUCUACGAGCACCGCACCAGCUGCCUGCUCUUCAUGGGGAGAGUUGCCAACCCCACCAAGUCUUAAAGGUGGAGGUCUGUGCAUCUCAGGGUGCUGGGGGCGCUCUAGAAUGGUAACGCUGUUUCCAUUCUAACAAUGAGAAGAGACAAUCUGGCAUCACAUCCUUUGUGGGUUAGGUAUCAUUCUGAAAUCGAGGCCCAUAUACAGAAGACAUUUACAAAAGAAUGAGAAGCGCGCUGGAAUCAAUUCUGCAGUGACAACGCCAUAGAAGUUAACGGACCUGCAGCGGAUCAGCUGUUACUGGGGAGGCGGUCAGUAACACACAGACUGGCUUCCCUCCCACCUCCUCAGAGCAAACCUUCAGAGUUCCCCCUGGGCACCUCUGUCCCCCGUGGUCCCCAUCCUUGACCAUCUGCUUUAUUAUGCAAAGCCUUUCUCAACCAGAGCUUCACAUCUGAACACAGAACACAGACUGAGCUGCACCACUACUUUCUCACCUCUCCCAGGGACGGUGCAAGACCAGCACCAUGACUGCUGCCCACGAGAGAAGCAACCUUGUGACAUUCAAGGAUGCCCUGGGGGUCGGUACUGGCUUCUGCCAAGGCCCAACCUUCUGAACUGAUGAUAAAUGUCAUUUGUACUCCUAUUUUCAUCUCACUGCUGCCAGAGAACAGUGUGUACACAUGGCCAUGUCUUCCACUCUAGAGAUAAAUAAAUAUUGCCACUUCUGUGUA